AUACUUUUGAUAGGGUAGUGUAUGUUGUUGGCCAAGGGAAGUAUCUCCAGAUCAAGCAAGACCAUUUCGAAUCUAUGACUCGCGAAGUAAGGAGGCUUUCGCCUCUAGACCUAAUGCAAUGGCGGAAGUAG